GCUCCACUAAUGAAACCAAAAUGGGGGAGUGGCUCUCCUACUACAAUGAGCUGAGUACGAGCCUGUUCGAGUGGCCUCAUACACAAAGAUCAGGAGUCAAUGUAGUGGCGAUGUUUAAGUAUUAAUCAAACUAUUGUAAGAGAAGAAAUGGCUGAAUCAGCAGUUGCCACACCCCCUGUUCCGAAACCUCGUACUAGCCGGCCCACCCCCACACCUCCCACUCCCACACUCUCACCACCCACCCCUGCAGAGCACACUGACGGAGCUGGUGACUUUGUUAGAGAGUUGAGUCCUGACCCUCCACCUUACUCGUCACUGCUCUCACCCUCCCCCACACAACACACUGACUCUGAUAGCGAGGCGUCACUUUCUGAUAUCCAAGUGGUAGUACGGAGGAAGAAAACCACACCCACUUCACUGGACGAAGAAGACGAUGAUUAUGAGAACAUUGACGCCAUUUUAGACGAUGAAACGAGAGAAAAUGUCCGCCGCUCCAAUUACAUCAACUGGGUGUAUCAGGACACGGACGGAGACGAAGGUCAAAAUUCACAGGGGGCGGAAAGAUUGGGGCACGAUCGGUAUGCCCCUUCAAUUAAACUGGACCGACAUCCAGCACUGAAAAAAUCGCAAAGUAAUUCUGAAAUUGAUGCCGACGCUGCAACUGCAGCUGCCCAAUUCAUUGAUGCGUUACGUAGACGUCCUCGAAAUAAAGCCCCACCCCCACCCCCUGGGAAGAGAGGUACAAAGGACAAAGGGCAAAGUUCAGCAUCACCCUCGAGCGGUCAUAAAAGAAGUCACUCUGAUCUACACUUGUCGGCGCAUUCACAAGAACCUGGACGACUAAAUAGACCACACCCACCUGCGGGAGGUCAGAGACUUCCUGGAUACCAAUCCCCUGGCCAAAAAAGGGGCGUGGCUAAACCACCACCAGUUCCAGCCAAUCAAAGAUCACCCGAGAACAUGAGAUACGGUAGAAAUUCUCCGCUACUAGGGGUCAGAGGUGGUCCAAAGGAGGCAGCAAAUGUUAAACCGAAGAGACACGCCCCACCCCCUCCAACGGCACGUAGAAGUGGCACACCAGAAUAUGCCAUCGUCAACAAACAAAGAACAAGAACGGGAGAUCAGUCGGACCCUACCCCCCGGAGAUGGAGCAAGACUAGCAGCAAUGAUAGCGCUGGUCCCCCUAAACCCCUCAGGGCACACAGAGCACAAUCCAUAGAGGAUUUGAGUCAAACUGCUUCCCCGAUGCAAGAUCGGUCAGUGGGUGUGGCUAAUCGCAACUCACUGCUGGAUAAUAUGGACGUGUUCACACUUGAGCUGAGGAAAGAGCCGCAGGUCAGCUUUGGACUUGUGAUAGUGUCUGGUAAAGUACGCAGAAGUACAGGGGAGUCAACUCUCGAGGGCGUCUUUAUACAGAAGGUGGUCCCUGAUUCACCCGCUGAUAACGAUGGAAGGAUACAGCCGGGAGACAUGCUGCUGGAGGUAGGUGGGUGUGGCACAAUGGGUGGAGUUCUGAGCGAGACCAUUGACAUGUUGAAGGAAGCUAGCGAGAGCAUUCGACUCAAGAUAGCACGACCCGACAUGUUGUCGUCUGUGUUCGCAGUAGAGGGUGGAGACGAGCAACCAAUCUACGAGAACAAGAUACUACCACCUGCAGAGAUGCUGCUCAAACUGCACCAGACUGAAGGGCGUGUCCUAGAGCUUGAGAUGGAUAAAGAGAGAGCAACGAUUGAACUACUUGCCCUUAGGGAAGAGACUCAAAGAGAAAAAGCAGAACUGAACAACCAGCUGGAGAACAUGAGACGAGAGUUGGAUGACACAAAGAGAGAGAGUGAGGUUCGUAGCGGUGAGCUGACCCAGGCACUGGCUAGCGUAACUGUUGGUAGGACAAAGGCUGAGAGUGAAGUGGAGAAGUUACGCUCGGAAAUCAGCACACUUCAAGACAAAUUGAAUGAAGCUAGCGAGAUUGAACGAGAGUUACAGGCUCUCAAAGAAAAUAACUCUUCACUUGUAUCUGAACUAGCCAGAGAAAAACAACUCUCCACUCAACUACAGGAAAGGCUGGAUAUUGCUGAGUCAGCACGAGACAGCGACACCGAGGAGAUAGCAAAGCUCUGCAAGAAGUUAGAGACGCAAGAAAAACAGAUAACUUCACUCAAGUCGGAACUAGAGCAGUUACGCAAUACCCGGGUAACUCCUGUACGAGCCGCUCAUGUGACUUCUGACCCCUCCCCCCUCGAUAAGACGUGCGUCAAGGAGGUCGUCAAUGGCAAUGGUAGCCAUAACAACAACGAGUCGUGUGAUAGUGACGAUGCUUUCGACAAUAGUGUACCUUCACCUGUGACCCCUAGUCCAUACUUGGACUUUGUACCAUUGGAGGAGAAAGGUCGUAAAGAACGAAAGAAGGAUCCUGGCAGCAAGCCAGCCAAGAAGCCUGAGGAGUGCAGUCAGCCACCUACUGAGGGAGAAGAGGGUGUGGCUAAUGCUGAUGACCUAUCGGAUCCUACCGCGGCCACAAUUGCCGAGUUUGAUGCUAUGACACUAAACGCAAAGCCUCUCAAUUCAUCCGCUGCAAUACACAAAUCUCAAGUCGGGCGAAAACUACUCCGAAAAAAACCGUCUCGGCAACAUCUAAAAAAUAUGGGCAGUUCGUUUGAUCUUUUGGAGGGUUUACCUGAGAUUGAAACUCCGCCCACUACAGAGACUAACGAACAGGGGCCUCCUCAUUCUGAUAGCAAUAGUACCACUGAACAGCCUCCUAGUAGUGUCGAGGAGAACGAGGGAAAAAUUAUCCUUGGAGAAUUAUCAACCUCAACUGAUAUCAAUAAAACAGAGACUGUUAUUAUUCCAGAGGUUCACCAUGAAACUCCUCCCCCUCAACCUAAGCCACGCCCACGAGCGAGAGUACGACACAUGCCGUCCCUCGAUGAUAAGAAACCACCACCACCACAGGCCGCACCCAGACACAGAGAACCAACAAUUGAGGGGGGUGGUGUACACUCACGAGAGGGGUCACCUCUACCGACGCACAAACCUUUGGUGCCUCCACCAGCACCUGUAUCGGCUCAGAAACCUUUAGUGCCUCCACCAACAGCACACAAGCCGUUGGAUUCAUCCCAUGCUACAAGUCAGUCUGCAAAUAACAGCCCUCUGUUGAAGAAAAAAGAACCAAUACUCCCAUCCCCCAAACAUUUGCCAAAAUCCCCCAAAAUGCCCCCCAACGUAGAGCUUAAAUUGACUGAGGACAGUGGUGACAUCAUCCACCCUACAGCACACCCACGUCAUUUAAUUGAACAGCCACCACAAGAAAUCGAAGAAGAAUCUAUUCCGGCCAAGACAGCUGGAUCUGAUUCGCCGCCAGUCGUCAUAAGAGCUAUUUCUGCGCCAGGAAGUCCUGCCAAGGCGAGGCUACCACCACCGGUAUCACGAAAACCGAAAUCAGGCGAAGAUCUCCAACACAAUCAUGAUGGGCAAUUGUCUCCAAAACGAAGCAUGUCUUUUGAUGAUGAGCUCGAAGCUAGCCCACGACAUAGGAAGAAGAUGCCUGCCGGAGCUGUGAACAUUAUGGGCUUUCUACCAGUGACUACUAAACUCAAACACUUGGAAAUAGGAGGGGGAGGUCGGGAAAGAAGCUGCACUGUUUCCACAACUGAGCCGGGAGCACGGGAAAGAGAUACUCUUAAACGACAGAUUGAAAAACACGAAGCUUCUCCAAUCAGUCACACGAAACCAGUCGAAGAGGAGACCAUACCUCCUGUACAAGACGAGGACCCGGUAGUCAUGGAAACUAAAAAGCUACCUCCAAAAAGACCUCCACUCCCCACGGCAAAAAAGCCGGCUAAUAAUGUAGAGCAAGUUGAUGGACCCUCGUCUGAUGAUUGGGACAGUGAUGCCUCCCCGAUGCUAGCUACGAAAAUGGAACAUCAGAAUGAGGCUGGUUUGGACUACAGCUCCGUGCUCAGUUGGACACCAGAGGGGGUGGGAUUGUGGAUGGAUAGGAUCGGACUAGGACGCUACCAAAGUGUGUUUGUGGAGAGAGGGGUGGCCGGUGGCGACCUGUUUGAUAUUGACGGCCACAGCCUUAAGGGCAUGGGUAUGGAAUCUCACGAAGACAGAAGUGUGUUCAAGCGAGAGCUGAAGAAUCUCAAGCCGUUUGCUGACAAGCAGAGAAAAGCGAUAGAGAAACAAAAGAAAGAAGAGAAGAAAAUUGCUAAAAAGUUAAAGAAAAAAUGACAUUUGUAUAGCCUCAGGCGAGGGUGACUUUCGCUGAUUUGUUAGAUCAAUUUUAGCUCAUCAUCAGUUUUCGGUUUUUAUGAUACAGUGUAUAUGUUGUUGGUAUCAUCAAAAUAAAAUUUCAAUUCA